GGCAGGCGAGUCUGGGUGCUCCUGUUUAAAAGCUUCCUUCUUGGUGGUGGAGCCACACUGAGGUCUGCUCAGUUGAAUGAAGCCAGAGGCACAGCGAGCCCCAGCCUGAUGGAUUCUCCAACUGUCAUAACUGUGUUAUAGGACAUAUUAUUGCAAAGGCCACCACUCUGUGAAGUCUUAACCUGCAGGCUGCUGCCACUAAAGGCAUCUUCAAAGACAGGAGAGUUUUCUCUGGGAGGUUGCAAAGGAGAGCAGGUCCCAAAGGAUAAGAGUCACCACCAUGGUACCCUCGGCGGUGUUCUGGGGACUUGUGGCCCUCAUUGGCACUUCCAGGGGCUCAUACCCGCUCACUCAUUCCAUGAACCCUCAAGUGUACCCUCGACAUUACCAUGGCUGCUACGGAGACAUCAUGACCAUAGAGACUUUUGGGGCCCCCUGUGACAUAAACAAUCUGAUGAACUGUGGGAUCCACGGUUCGGAAAUGUUUGCCGAGAUGGAUUUGAAAGCCAUAAAGCCUUACCGUAUCCUCAUCAAAGAAGUGGGACAGAGAUACUGCAUCGACCCAGCGAUCAUCGCAGCCAUCAUCUCCAGAGAAAGCCAUGGUGGAGUUGUCCUGCAAAAUGGCUGGGACCAUAGAGGACAAAGAUUUGGCUUGAUGCAGCUUGAUAAAGCGCACCAUCCUAUUGGUACCUGGGACAGCAAAGAACACCUUCUACAGUCCGUUGGGAUUCUAACAGAAAAAAUUAAGGCAAUCCAGAGAAAGUUUCCCACAUGGAAUCCUGUUCAGCACCUCAAAGGUGGUCUGACUGCUUUUAAGUCAGGAAUGGGAACCAUUGUCACUCCUGAAGACAUAGAAGUUGACUUAGUCGAUGAUGUUAUUGCCCGUGCCAAAUUCUAUAAAAGACAUGGCUUCUAGGUCACUGACGAGGUACUCAACCGGCCCCUCUUCCAAGUUUGAUAUUGGCUCACUGCACUCAAUAGGAACAAAGAAAUGGUUACAAUUAUGAAAGAAAGUUCAUCUCCAAACAUUUUAAUAAAAGUAAGCAAAAGAAAGGAAGGAAAAGAAGUGGUGAUGUAGUUUAGUUGGCUGAGCUCUCACCUAGCAUGUGCAAGACUCUAGGUUCCAUCUUUAUCACAAAGGAAAAAAAACCCAUUCACAUACGGUUCCUGGGAAAUAUGCAUAGACAUACUUGUAGUUUCUUUGUGGUCAGUAUGAACAUCAGGGCACAUGGCAUGGGCAUGUUCUAGCCAAGCUUUAUUUUAGCCUGUGAUUUGAAUGAUCACUUAUACCCUGUCUACCAGAAUUACAAAUAAGAAGUGAGCCUUUAUGCCUUUCCCAGUAUCUGCCCCAAUUGCUAGGACUCUGCUCAUGAGAUGUGUCUGUCUCAGAGGCCAGAUCCUGGGGCAAUAGAUGGAGAGGAGAUGAUGGGUGUUGGUUGUGACUUUCGGUUGCCUCAAGAGAGGACACAAUAAUGUGUUGGAUUGUAAAGCUUUCGGUAUCCCUGCCAAGUGACUCCUCCUGGGUUUUUGGUUCUUGUUGGAGACAUUUAGUGGACACUUUAUGCCUGCCCCUUCUCUCUCUGAGAAGGAACCAGAAUUUUACCAUCCAUCCUUUAGCCACUUUGGAAAGAGCCAGAUAGACCAUUCUCUGCCCAAAGACGACCCAAUCCAGCCUGAAGAAGGGACCAAAUGAGAACUGGAAUCAUUGUUUUUGAGAUGAGGUCUCAGUCUGUAUCCCAAGCUGCCCUCAAACCUACAGAACCUCCCGCCUCGGCUUCUCAAAUUCUGCUAUCAUAAGUGUGGGCCGUCAUGCCUCUGGGUAAUCAUCUCUUAGGGUUUGACAAAGCCCAAGCUUUACCAGCAGUGAAAUAGUUUUGUUCUCACCCCUGCACGUGUUCUGCAGAUGUCCUUGCUGCUCUUUUAGUUCUUUUUUCCCCUGGAAGCAUUGAUUUCAUUCAAUGCCAGCCCCUUUGAUGUCGCUAUUGCAGAGAUAGCUAAUGUGUAGGCCAGAUAAGCGUCAAAUAAUUUAUGAAACACGAAAUAAUACACUGGCUUACACCCUGAGUCUAUUUCCCCAGGGUUCUUGUUCUGACAGACACACUCGGAGAUGUCCUGGAGAGUGCCACAUAUUAAGCGUGUCUUGGUUUGGUUCCCUCAGAGCCAGACCUGUGACAAAAAUGUGGGUGCAAAUAGUUUAUGUGUGUGGUGGGGCACAGAAAACAGUUAUAAAGUGGUUCAGUGAUAUGGGAUGAGAAAAUAGAAAACAUGCGUCGCCAAUCCAACUACCCUAGUGAGCAAUGGGACUCAACCUUGCAGGAAAGCAAUGUGGAACUGUGCAGAGCAUUCACCUCAGAAUCAUCUGCCUGCACUGGUGCAGGGCUGGAGUCUCUGAAAGCCACUGGGUGAGGUGUCUGUCUGUACAGGGAGGGUAGUACAGACCCUUGCUAGUCCGAUCUGCUAAACAAGCACAAAUUUGUUCAAAUUUCCAAGAGUGAGGAGGAGUUGCAGGCACAAACAGGAACAUCAAGGGAGGAUUCUGAGAGGUUCGGGGACAUGGAAGGUACUGACAGGGUCCGCUCCCUAAGGCAGGGCACAUUGUCCCAGUGCUUCCUGUUUGCAUCUCUGACUGAAUAGCAUGUUGCAAAUAAUCUGGAAAGAAUACAUGUCUAUUAUGCCUCCUGGUUUCUGUGCUGGGCUUCUGCAAGAUCUAUUAGAAUGAAUUAGACACAAUCGAGCUAUCUCAGUCUCCUUCUGUCUCACGUCUGUAGACCAACAGCGAAUUCCCAGGAAUUUACUGAGAACAAUGCCAAAGAUGUUUACCCCAAAAUAUGCCACCAUUAAA